GAGUCCUUGCAGAGCCUUUGCCUGGUGCGCCUCUCUUGUCCUGAGGACUCCGCUGCUCUCCCCAGCUGACUUGUGUGACCCCAAGAUGCCGCCCCUGGCGUACAUCAUCCGAGGGACCUUUGUCCACUCCACCUGGGUCUGCCCCAUGGAGGUGCUGCGGGAUUACCUCCUGGGCGUGAGUGACAGCGGCAAAAUAGUGUUUUUAGAAGAAGCAUCUCAACAAGAAAAGCUGGCCAAAGAAUGGGGUUUCAAGCCAUGUGAGAUAAGAGAACUGAGCCAACAUGAGUUCUUCAUGCCUGGGCUGGUUGAUACACACAUCCAUGCCGCUCAGUAUUCCUUUGCUGGGAGUAACGUUGACCUGCCGCUUCUGCAGUGGCUGACCAAGUACACGUUUCCUACAGAACUCAAGUUCAAGAAUUUGGACUUUGCUGAAGAAAUAUAUACCAGGGUUGUCAGCCAUAUAAGUGAAAAUCGUGCUGAAGUUGCAGCUGUGAAAAAGUUAUUCCCCACUUAUAAAAACUAUACAGAUGUGUAUGAUAAAAACAAUCUUCUAACAAAUAAG